GUAAUAUCUUUUUUUGUCAUAUUGUUCACAGAUAGUCCAGUGUAAACGUGAUAAAUGAGAAAAUCUUCGUGAAUCUCAAUGUACACUGCUUACAUGAUAUCGUUAAUAUCUCGUAACGUUUGCCAAGUAAUGUUUGAAAAAGUUAUUGGAAUUGCAUUUAUACUUUCUGACAUACCGAUAACCAUAACAGAGGUGCAUUAUAGUCUUCGUUGAAUUUGUAAACUAAUCCCCACUAGUUUCGACCGGUCAAGAGUAGAACUUGGCGUAUCGCCUGAAAAGUCGUUCACUAAGUAUAUCGGGAGACACCGAGAGGAAAGGACCUAGGAAGAAGAAAUUGCGUUAAGCGCGAGGAAGAUGAAUUCGAGAUACGCAUGGAUCGUCUUAGUGCUGUUAUUCAUCUUCGUGUGCGAUGUCAUUUUGAAGAACAUCUCAAGAAAUUCACAAGCAACUUCUAAGCAACCACCCAACAUCGUCGUCAUCAUGGCCGAUGAUCUCGGAUGGAAUGAUGUCAGUUUCAAUGGCGGUGACGAGAUUCCAACACCGAACAUAGACUCUCUCGCCUACAACGGAGUAAUAUUGAACAGGCAUUACGUACUACCAAUAUGCACACCGUCGAGAACAGCUUUCUUCACCGGCCAGUAUCCUAUCCGAUCAGGUAUGCAGGGAUAUCCCUUGCAAGGAGCGGAGCCACGCUCUAUACCGUUGAACAACAUCUUGCUGCCUCAGUACCUUCGUAAGCUUGGCUACGCCACUCAUCUCGUGGGGAAAUGGCACGUGGGCUAUCAAACGAAUAAUCAUACACCCACGAAUCGCGGUUUUGACACUUUCCUUGGCUAUUAUUCCGGCUACAUCGAGUACUUCUCUCACAAUCUCGUCGAGAACGGACAAUCGGGUUACGAUAUUCAUCGUUCAGUCGGCGACAACCACACGAUCGAGUACCGAUACGAUUACAUGACCGACCUCAUCACCGACGAGGCGGAAAAUAUCAUUUCGUCGCACAACCCCGCGAAACCCCUGUAUCUGCAAUUGGCGCAUCUCGCACCUCAUGCAUCCACCGUGGACGACGUCAUAGAAGUACGCAGUUGGAAAGCAACAAACGAUACUCUCGGCUACAUCAGGGACAUAAACAGAAGGAAGUUUGCGAGUGCCGUCGUCACAAUGGACGAGUCGAUCGGUCGAGUGGUCGACGCUCUGAGACGCGCGGAUAUGUUGAAGAACUCUAUCAUCGUAUUCAUGAGCGACAACGGAGCGCCAACGAAGGACCAAAUUCUGUAUAAUUUCGGAUCUAAUUAUCCUCUGCGCGGGAUGAAACAGAGUUUCUUCGAAGGCGCUGUGCGCGGUGUAGCGUGCAUCUAUUCACCACUGAUCGAUUUCCCGUCGAGGGUCUCCACGCAGUUGUUUCACAUUACCGAUUGGCUGCCGACCUUGUAUGCCGCGGCCGGCGGUGACGCGAGCGAUCUGAAAGCUCUCGACGGUAUCGAUCAGUGGUCCAUGAUCAAGAACGCGGAUAAUGGCAGACGGCAAUUCCUUCUAGUCAACAUCAACGAGAAGACUGAUAGCAAGGCGGCGUUGAUAGGACGAUACAAACUUAUCAGAGAUCAGUCUGAGUACACCAAAUACUAUGGCUCCACUGGUAAGGACCCCUCGUACUGCGAAUACAAUGUGACGAACGUAUUAGCAUCGCCGGUCGCAUCAGCCAUCGCCGAUAUCUCUCGCUCUUCGUUGGAUAUUGAUAAAAUUAAGCAACUGCGAGAAAAAAGCAGGGUGGUCUGCCGGGUUUCCAGGUUCUCGAGAUGCACGAAGCGUACUUGCCUAUUCGAUAUCAAAAAGGAUCCUUGCGAGACUACAAACGUGUCGUCCAAGUAUCCAAAGAUCCUGAAGAAACUAAAUGCGUUGAUCGAUAGCUAUCAAUCGAUCCUAGUAAACCAGACGAACAAGCCCGUCGAUCCGGCCGGCUUCCCGUGCAAUUUUAAUGACACUUGGAUGCCGUGGCUGCCGAUGGACUAUCUGCCAGCAAAGAGCGCGUAAAGAAUGACGUGUAACAAAAAAGAGAUAAAAUGCUACUUACGUCCCAAGGAUACGAGCAGAGAGAAAUAAAAGGGUGCGUGCGUUUGCGUUGUGUAAAUGUAACAGGUAAUAAGACGAGUUUUUAUAGUAAAACUAUAAAAACUAUACUA